AUGGCUACGCUGGAUACGAUCAUCAUUGGAGCAGGCUGGUCUGGCGCCGUUGCCGCGCGUCAGCUCGCGCAGAGCGGGUACAAGGUCCUUGUCCUCGAGGCGCGAGAGCGCAUCGGUGGGCGAGCGCGGACUCACACGGAGGGCACGCAUGUUCCAGUCGAUCUUGGGUGCAGCUUCAUUCACGGGUACAAGGAGGGAAACCCUACGAAGGUUAUUGCCAAGGAGCUCGGGGUGGGUGUAGAUGUCACGAAGCCCACGGAAAGUGCCAUAUACGGCGCAAAUGGCCUUCUCGAUGCCUCGGCAGCGAACGAUUUGCGCGAUCGUCUCGGUCGGGCGCACGCAACCGCACGCAACACCGCUCUUAACAGCACCUCGUUAUUGCCAUCGUCCACAACCCCUCUCUCUGCCGCAUUCUUCGACCCGGACUCCGCGCUUAGCACCUCGUCCACUCCGAGCACCGCGACGGCCUUCGCGCGCACGCUCGAAGUACCCUUCGGUGCCGUCCUCGAGCAGGUGAGCCUGCGCUGGACCGGGUGGGAAGACAAUUUCGCAGGGUCAGACGCCGCGCCCCACGGCGGCUUCCAGCCCCUCGUCGAGCGCGUCCUCGCCGCCGCGACACACACCGGCAACACACGCGUCCAGCUCGGCGAGACCGUCUUGCGGAUCCAGGAGGAGCAGUCUGGGGUGAACGUGUCGACGGACAAGGGCGUCUACCGCGCUGCGACGGUCAUCUGCACGAUCCCGCUUGGGGUGCUGAAGCGCGAUGCUGCCCAUUUGUUUGAGCCGAAGCUACCUGUGCGCCGGACGGAGACUAUUCAGGGCACGCAUGUUGGCAUUCUGGAGAAGCUCGUCCUCACCUAUUCGGACGCGUGGUGGCCAAAGGCGGGUACGGUCGGCUCGUUCACAUUCCUACCAUCUCGCACGGGCGGAGGCGAGCCCAAGACAGCGGACGACGUGCUCGCGUCCGCCACGCUGGUCGUCGCCUCCUUUGCCGGGCCGUCCCUCCCGCGCCAGCACCCGACACUCCUCUUCUACCUCUCGCCCACUCCCGCACUCGGACUAGCGAAGUUCCCGCUCGAAGAGGUCACGGACGCUGCACAUGCGUUCCUCACUGCGCGCUUCCAGCCCGGUACCCAGCCAGCCAAGCCGACGAGCUCCGUCAUGACGGACUGGCAUAAGGACCCGCUCGCACUGGGUGCGACCACGACCCCCAGCAUCGUUGGCGAGGGACGCAGCCCGCUCGACUUUGCAGAGCUCGCGAAGCCGCUGUGGGGCGGCAGACUUGGCUUCGCGGGUGAGCACGCGGAGAUGAAUCACAGAGGCAGCGUGGCGGGGGCGGUCAUCAGCGGGAUGAGAGAGGCGGAGCGUGUCAACCUGCUGCUCACGAAGCUUGCGGAGGCAUGA